AUAUAUUUCCUCAACCUUCAGCUAAACCAAAACCAUUGAUUUGUAAGCAUGUGUUCUGCAAUAAUAAUAGCAAUAUUUUCUUUCCUUCUCCUUUUAUUCAAAAUCUCUUUUCGUCCAAAACAAAAUGCCAGUUUCCAAAGAAAACCACCAGGUCCACCAACACUUCCUAUAAUCGGAAACCUUCACAUAUUAGGCACACUUCCACAUCGAAAACUUCAUGAACUCUCCAAAAAAUAUGGUUCAAUCAUGUCCUUACAACUUGGUCAAGUACCAGCAGUUGUCAUUUCAUCUUCAAAAGCAGCAGAAUUAUUUCUCAAAACACACGACCUUGUUUUUGCUACCCGACCAAAGAUUCAAGGAUCUGAGCUCAUGUCUUAUGGUUCCAAAGGGGUGGCUUUUUCUGAGUAUGGUCCUUAUUGGCGUAGUGUAAGGAAGCUUUGCACUUUGAAACUUCUUAGUGCUUCCAAAGUUGAGAUGUUUGCUCCUAUUAGAAAAGAGGAGUUGGGUGUUUUGGUUAAAUCAUUGGAGAAAGCUGCUUUGGUGGGUGAGGUUGUGAAUGUUAGUGAGGCUGUGGAAAAUCUUGUUGAAGAUAUUAUAUAUAAGAUGAUAUUAGGUAGAAGUAAGUAUGAGCAAUUUGACUUGAAGAAGGUGGUUCAAGAAGAAUUGGCUUUGAUUGGAGCUUUUAAUCUAGCUGAUUAUAUUCCUUGGUUAGGAGUAUUUGAUCUUCAGGGAUUAAAACGAGGUUUCAUGAAAAUCAGUAAAAUAUUCGAUGAGAUCUUAGAGAUGAUAAUAACAGAGCAUGAACAAACUACUAAUGUAGACAAAGCUAGAGGUGAAGACUUUAUAGACAUACUUCUUUCAAUUAUGCACCAAACCAUUGAUCACGAGAGUGAACAAAAUCAAGUCAUUGAUCGAACCAACAUCAAAGCUAUUUUACUCGAUAUGAUAGUGGCAGCAAUUGAUACAUCUGCUACAUCAAUUGAGUGGACUUUAUCUGAACUAUUAAGACAUCCAAGAGUGAUGAAAAUUCUUCAAAAUGAGAUACAAGAUGAAGUAGGAAAUAAGAGAAUGGUUGAAGAGAAGGAUUUGAAGAAGUUCAAUUACCUUGAUAUUGUGGUUGAUGAAAUCUUAAGACUCCAUCCUGUUGCACCCUUAUUACUCCCUCGUGAAUCUAGAGAGAGCGUCACAAUUGAUGGUUAUUUCAUAGAGAAAAAGACACGAGUCAUGAUAAAUGCAUGGGCAAUAGGGAGAGAUCCUAAUAUUUGGUCAAAUAAUGCUGAGGAAUUUUACCCAGAGAGAUUUAUUGACAAAAAAAUGAAUUAUCAAGGAUACGAGUUUGAAUCUAUACCAUUUGGUUCUGGUCGUAGGCGUUGUCCUGGAAUUCAAUUGGGUUUAAUUACUAUUAAAUUGGUUGUAGCUCAACUGGUACAUUGUUUUAAUUGGGAACUUCCAUCUGAUAUUAAUCCUUCAAAUUUGAACAUGGAGGAAAAAUUUGGCCUCACAACACCAAGAGCUCAACAAUUACAUGCAAUACCACAUUAUCUUUUGGUUGAUCCCGAACAUGUAUAAAUCUACGUAUAUUCAACAAAUUUAUUAGUAAUAAAUUUACUGAGUAUAGUUGGUCUAUUAUUGAUGUUUGUAUAAAACAAGUUAAUGUAUAAUACUUUAUGUUUAUUAAUAUUAAUGGCCAACGUUUGAAUUUAUUAAAUUAUUAUUGAAUAAUAUAUUAUAAUAUUUAUCAUGUCUAAUAAUACUUGAAAAGUGUUAUACUUUGAAUAAGACUUCCAAAAACAAUAUACAAGUACAACUGUACAACAAUUUUGAAUUUUUUUGGUAAACGAAAUAAUCAUACAUAAAUUAGUUUUACCCUAAAGCCAACAAAGUUUUGGUAAUUUAUAAUUCUACUACUGGCUAACUUGUUUUAAGUUAUAGAUGAAUAUAUUCAAUUUAUAAAUAAUAUUUUUAUCAAUAACUUCAAGGCCAGAGGGAACUUUCAUAUAAAUUUCUUCAUUAAAAUUGCCAUGUUCUAUGGACUUUUGUCAAUUAGGUCAAUUAUGGCCUUAGAAUAACAAGAUGGUUCAAUUAUGGUGGACAACAUAAUGUUAAACAUCUAUCAUUUUGGAAAGAAAAUUUUGAAUAGGGUAUAAAGAAGUACCUUAGUUAGGUGAUGUGGAGAUGGAAUGUUUACCUUACAGGAUAAAGUAGUGGUGGUUUUGUUAUUGAGUUAUAUUUACUGGUGGGAGGAAUGUGUCGAGGUUAUGUAGGUAAUAUGAGAUUUAUUAGGUGAAUUAGGAGCGAAUGUGGUGUUAUUAGGUGUGAGGGUGGUAAUGUUGUUGUGGUUUACAGGUGUUUCGAUGUAAUCCAAAGCAUCUUCUUGGGAAUUAGGAUAAUUUAGAUCAAGACGAUGUAUAUUAGGAUUAGGGUAGUUAUUGUUGUAAGGGAAAACAAUCUCAAAAAACACAUUAUAUUUAGAAAUGAAAAGAAUUUUACUAUGUAAAUCCAAUAAUAUACCAUCGUUGAUACCUAAAACAAAAUAUUUUUUAUUUCUAGAGUCAAAUUUAGCUAUAUGAUUUAACGAACUAGUAGCGUAAACAAAUCAAUGUUAUAUUAAACUUUGUUGUCUUCUAAGUGGAAAACUGAGACAUAAUGUCUGCUCUGAAGUUUAGUUCGCGCAGAACAAUUCUAUUUUGAAGGAAGUAAACCGACAUGAUUGACUUCGUACUUUUUGUAGAUAUUUUAGCUGGGGUUCUUUUGUGUAGUACUGUCUCGAGACUUGGUUGGAGAUUAAUUUAGAGUCACUCUUGGCUUUCAGUAUGGAGGCUCUCAUCUUGGAGGAAAGAACUCUGCCAGCAAUAAGAGACUUGUAUUCUGCCUGAUUGUUUCUGGCAAUGAAUUCGAACUUCAAUUCUUUCUCGAUGAGUAUGUCCCAGGUCCUUCCAAGACUAUCACUACGCCUCUCCCUUUUAUGUUUGAGGUGCAACCUACUAAUAAUGCCUACUCCGGGGGCGUCUCCUUGUCUACAUGCGAGCUAAAUUUUGUCACAAAAUCUGCCAGAUUUUGCGAUUUUGUGCUUCCUAUUGGGACAAACAAGAUGUCAUAUUUGGAGAGUUCCACCGCCCAAGAUACCAUCCUUCCGGCCAAAUUUGGCUUCUUCAAGACCUGUCGAACAAGGUAGCUGGUUUUAACAAAGAUCUGGUGACCCUGAAUGUAAGGUCCUCGCUUUCGUACCGCGACGACGACGGUUAAGGCCAGCUUCUCAAUCUUAUUAUAAAAUGUUUUGGCGCCUUUGAACACCUUGAUUACGAAAUACAGAAGCCUUUCUACCUUUUCUAUCUCUUGGACGAGGACUCAGCCCAUCGCCUGAUCUAUGAUUGAGAGAUAGAGGAGUAGUGGCGAUUCCUCCCUCAUACAAGUGAGAAUGGGAGGCAACGUGAGGAACAUUUUUACCCUCUAGAAAGCCUCCUCUCAUUAUAUUCUCUACUUGAAUAUUUCUUUCUUCUUCAAGGCAGCAAAGAAAAGGAAAGCCUUGUCUCCCGCACAUGAAAGGAAGCGAGAUAGUGUGGUGAGGAGGACCAGAUAGUUGUUGCACUUCCUUGACAUUGGUGGGGCUCCUCGUGGCAAUGAUUGCAUGACACUUGUCUUUGUUGACCCCAAUACCCCUUUUUUGUCCUUACCAAAACCAUGUUGGCUAACCAAGUAGGUUAUUUGGUUUCUAUGGUCAACCCAAAGUCUGAUAGCUUGGCUACUUCCUCGUCAAUGGCGAACCUCUUCUCCUCGUCAACAUUUGAUCACUUCCUAUGCACCACUAGUUUGGAAGAGGGGGGAUAGAGAGGCGAUGGGUCACCACCUUAGUGUCCAUCCCAGGAAUAUAAUAGGGGGCCUAGGAGAACAAGUUGACACUUUUAAUGAGUUUGUGGAAUACCUCAUGUUCUUCUUCCUCGGUAAGAAAAGUACCUAUCUUCAUCACUUAGUGGCCCAAUGAGCCUAUUUAGACCUCAUUCAAUUCUUUCGUGGGCAUGAUCCAUUUAACUUUAGUGCCCGGUCUAGGAUCCUAACAAUCGAAGUCCAUAUUUGGAACUUAAAAAAUAGUGGCGCCAACAAGGGCGAGAUCUUUCCUCUCUGUUUCUAGACUACUCAAGUAACAUUCUUGAGCGAUUAGUUGGUCUCCUCAAAAUUUGACGAAUGCCCUCCAAGCAGCGGGUAAUUCAAGGCCAAAAACAAGCUGGAAAUAAUUUCCCCUAGUGAAUUAAUGGUGGGUCUCCCUAGGAUGAUGUUGUAUGGUGAUUGGGGGUCAGCAAUGAGCUAGCCGGUGUCGAUUGCCUUAGCGUCUACUCUACCACCACAUGUAGUCUUCAGGGCCACAUGGCCUAUUUCUUGUACCUGUUUGUUUGACAAUCCAAUUAAAGAACCACUGAACACUUUGACGUUGUUAGGAUUGAGUUUCCAUUUUCGUAAAGCGUCCUAGAACAGGACGUCAACAGAGCAACCAAGAUCUAUCAAGACUUACUUGAUAUCUCAAUCUCCAUGUUGCACAAUGAUGACCAGGGAGUCAUUAUCGUGAGGGUUGACUAUGAUGUCGUCCGUUUCGGUAAAAGGUUAUGUCAACAUGUAUUUCCCCUCGUGUUACCUUAGGGAAACUAGGAGAUAUUACAUUUGAUGCAAGUACUUGCCUUUUAUAUUCCCUUCGGGUGGAGCUAGAGCUACCUCCACCAGCAAAAUCUCUGGUUAUGGUGUUUGUACUAGAGUGUAGAGUUUUGUCGACCACCUUUAGUGAGAAGAUAAAAAGAGUGAGAGGGAAAGAGGUUUGUUCUAGGUUAAUUCCUCUCUAUUCCAUAUUUCUUUUCUUUUCUUAUUCAUCUUCCUCACCCGAUCUCUUUGACAUUCUUUAAAAAGAGAAAGAGACAAGAUUCUUAAAGACGUACGCAAAAUGAGAGAAUGAUGUCGAUGCAUGAGGAGAUGAAGGCGCCAUGAUGUCAACCCAUAAGAAAUUUAAAGUUUAUGGUUUAGUUUGAUUCCAAUAUGUUUAUCUUCCAAGAAAAAAAAGUCUUAGCGUAAUUUUAGAUUCGAAUAUUUUUUUAAUUAUAUUUAUUAGUAAGACCUAAAUCAAUUGAUAAAUGUCUAUUUGAUUUAGUUGGACGUCAUCACCUCACUAAAAAAGGAAAAAUUAUAAUUAUUUUAAUAGGGAGGUUUUACACAACCCCAUAAUUUACUGUAAAUAGUGGUGGUUUAGUGAACUUUUUGACACAUCAUAACUUACUCAACUAAAAAAGAAUAUUUUAUCAUUGUUGGGAGAAAUUAUAUUCCACUAUAAAUGGUGUCCCGGUGGUAACAAAGAGUGUGGUAGUAUGUGUCCUCUUUACCACUAUGGGCUGAUAGUCGUGGUCAUAACAUAGUAACGCGUAACAUAUCACUAUAGCUAUAGAAAUCAGCCGUAGAAAUAGGUUGAUGUCAGUGGUUAUUAGGAAGAUCCUAAAGUCCCUCAUUGGUUGGAGAUAGAGCAUUGAAAGAGUAUAUAUAGAGGAACACUUCUCACCUUAUCAACUUGUUUUGUAAGGAUGAGUUAGGUCAAACUCUAAUAUGGUAUCAGAGUCUAUCGAUCAGACCAUGGGACGCCCACCGUUAAUAUCCACGCACCAAGCCCAAAAGACUGUUGGGCGUGAGGGGUGUAUUAGGAAUAUCCUAAAGUCCCACAUUGGUUGGAGAUAGAGCAUUGAAAGAGUAUAUAUAUAGAAGGACACUCCUCACCGUACCAAUCGGUUUUGUAAGGAUGAGUUAAGUCAAACUCUAAUAGUGGUUUCAUACCCAACACCAUAAUUUUGGAAAAUUUCUCAAAGUUUCACCAUGGUUGUUCCUUCCAACUGUAGUGAAAGACGUAGCACACAACAUUUCACCACGAUUAUAGAUUCUGACCGUUGUGAUAUUUUCACUUGAGUUUAUUAUAACUUAUGUGGAAUUAUUAUUUUACCAAUUGCUCACUAUACAUAUAACCUUUAAAUUUUAUUUAGAAAUAAAUAAUAUAACAAAUUAAGUUAUAUUAGAAGAACUUAUUGGCGUAGUGUGAGAAAACUUUGCAUUUUGAAACUUCUUAGUGCUCCCAAAGUUGAGAUGUUUACUCCUAUUAGAAAAAAGAAGAAUUGGGUUUUUUGGUUAAAUCUUUAGAGAAAGCUGCUUUGGCAGGUGAGGUUGAGGAUGUUAGUGAUGUUGUACAAAAUGUUGUUGAAAAUAUUAUGUAUAAUAUGAUGUUUGGUAGAAGCAAGUAUGAGCAAUUUAAAUUGAAAAAGUUGGUUCAAGAAGGAUUAGCUUUAUUUGGAGUUUUUAAUCUAGCUGAUUACAUUCCUUGGCUAGGCCCUUUUGAACUUCAGGUAAGUAUGAUAAUCAUGAUAUUGUGUAUGUUUUCAAUAUUUAUGUGCUUUCAUGGUUUUCUUAAAAUAAGUGAAAAUAUUCAAUUUGCAAUUGACAUUUGACAAUAUCAAUUUAACUCUUUGUUAGGGAUUAACAAAAGCCUACAAGAAAACAAGUAAAACACUUGAUGAAUUAAUAGAGAUGAUAAUAAAAGAGCAUGAACAAAUAACUAAUGUAGACAAAACAUAUAAGGGAAAUGCUAACGAGUGCCCUUGAGGUAUUAUUUAACUGAUUACAAUGGUAAUUUUUUUAAAAUGUGUGUAUUCAAUGUAUUGGAAAUGCAUUGGAAAUUUUACUAGACAUGAUAACAGCAAGAAUUGGAAUAUAUCUGCUACUGUAAUUGAGUAGGAAUUAUCUAAACUUUUAAGGAAUCCAAGAAAACCUUCAAGACAAGAUAGAAAAUGGGCAUGACUUAUGAGAAUGGUUGAAGAGAAUAAUUUGAAGAAGUUAAAUUACUUAGAUAUGGUGGUUGAUGAAAUACUAAGGCUUUAUCCUGUUGAAUAUUUAUUGAUCCCUCGUGAAUGUAGAGACAAUA